CAGACUUUAGCUGACGGGUCGGCUCGGGCCCGCCCAAUCCACUCUUGAAUGCUAGCUCUAUCGGAAAAUCAGACGGACGAGCCACUGAGGGAGAGACGAAUGUGCCGGAUUUCUCACGCCGAGCUUCGAUCUCUUAUCGCACCUGCCAGCGCUGCCAGGUCGAUAGAUAAGUUGGAGCUUCUUCUCGGGAAGAGACAAAUACUUGAGCUCCGCUUGCUUCCUGCUUGCUUCCUGCUUCUUGAAUCUCUCGAACCACGAAAGUUUAAUGUCAGCGUCUGGAACGGUACUGCCACAGGGCGCGGGAUAUGGUGUCGUCGUCGGGAUCGGCCUGUUCUUCAGCGCGUUCAUGAUUGGGUUGACGGCGCUCCAGUCGCGGUACACGUCUUUCUCCCCGCGCUCGUCGGAAGAAUUCAGCAGCGCGUCCCGCUCUGUCAAACCGGGACUCAUCGCGGCAGGGAUCGUGAGCGCGUGGACCUGGGCAGCGACGUUGUUGCAAAGCAGCGCGGUUGCGUAUAAGUACGGCAUCAGCGGGCCGUGGUGGUAUGCCUCGGGUGCGACAAUUCAAGUGCUGCUGUUUGCGAUGAUCGCCGCGAAGCUGAAGCUCAAUGCACCGUACGCACACACUUGGCUCGAAAUUGUCGGCGCCAGAUGGGGCAAAGCUGCGCAUCUGAUCUUCAUGUUCUUUGGAUUGGCUACAAAUAUCAUUGUGAGCUCCAUGCUGAUUCUGGGUGGGAGCGCCACAGUCACAGAUCUCACUGGGAUGAGCACCAUCGCCGCCUGCUUUCUCAUUCCACUGGGUGUUUCGAUCUAUGUUGUUGUUGGCGGGAUGCGUUCGACGCUUUUGUGUGAUUACACCCACACGACUGUCCUUUUCGCCAUCAUCUUCGUUUUCGUAUUCACAGUCUAUGGCACGAGCGAAAAGAUCGGCAGCCCUUCCAAGAUGUACGAGCUGCUGACAUCAGCAGCAGCGGCAUCCCCUGUCCCAGGAAAUGCCCAUGGCUCGUAUCUGACGAUGCGCUCGAAGAACGGACUGAUAUUCGGUGUCAUCAACAUCAUUGGAAACUUCGCCACCGUCUUCCAGGACCAGGCUUACUUCCAGCGAGCGAUCGCCAGCCGGCCUUCGACGACAGUCAAAGCCUACCUUCUUGGCGGCCUCGCAUGGUUUGCGAUCCCCUUCACGCUCGCGACGACUCUUGGGUUGGCUGCAGUGGCGCUCCGUGGGGACCCCAGCAUGCGGGUGCUUUCUCCCUCCGACGUUUCUGCGGGGCUCCCUGCUGCUGCUGCCGCGAGCGCUCUGUUGGGGAAGGCAGGCGCUGCCUCCCUGCUUGUGUUGUUGUUUUUGGCUGUCACGAGCGCGACAUCGGCGGAGUUGAUCGCAGUGUCUUCGCUGCUGACUUAUGAUGUCUACAAGAAAUACAUCAACCCGCAAGCCACUGAAGCACAGAUUCUGCGCGUCAGCCAUUGGAUGGUCGCAUUUUAUGCUAUCGUCAUCGGUCUUGCGGGCCUCAUCUUCUUCUACAUCGGUGUCUCCAUGGGGUGGCUAUAUACCUUCAUGGGCGUCAUCCUUGGCUCCGGUGUUGCCCCUAUCGCACUGUGCAUUACUUGGAGCAAGGCCAACAAGAAGGGCUGUAUCAUUGGCUCUGUGCUCGGUUUCGUGGCAGGCAUUGUCGCAUGGCUUGUGACCACCAGCACUUUGAACGGCGGUAUAAUUAACGUCAACACUAGCGGAGGUGACUUUGAAAUGCUUGCCGGCAACCUCGCAUCGAUUGGUGUCGGCUUCAUCAUUUCUGUUGGUACUUCCUAUGUUUGGCCGGAAAACUACGACUUCGAAUCGACCCGCGCGAUUAACAAGCCAGUCGAGCUGGUCAAGGAGAAAGAGGAUGGCGAGCAGGAGAAAGUCAAGGAGGGAGAAAAGUCACCUUCGAUGGUCGAAUCGACAGCCUCCCCUGCCCAAGUUGAUGAUGAACUUGAACCAGCUGCCUUGAUUAAGGCCUACGACUUUGCCGCCUGGUCUUCGCUUGUAUUGCUUCUCAUCCUCAUUAUCCUGAUUCCGCUGCCGCUGUUCUUUGCGUCAACAAUCUACGGCAAAGGAGGCUACACCGCAUGGGUCGUUAUUGGGAUCAUCUGGUCGUUCUUGUCCGCAUUUGGUGUGGUGCUCUAUCCACUUUGGGAGAGCAGGGCUGCUCUCGGGCAGAUUUCCGGCGGGAUCAUCAAGGACAUAUUCUCCCCGGGAAGUGGCAAGUAUGUCGCUGAAGCUAGACAGGCCGGCGAGGUGGCUUGAUUAUUGACGCAAGGCCCGGCGGACAUGACUGACAUGUUAUAUCACGAAAUCUGGAUGGAAAUAGGGCGGUAGACGGGCGGAAACGAGCCGAAACGUGACUUGUUAUGCGAAUGUAGACAAGAUUCCCUGUUUAUAAACAUUGGGCUGAGGUCUUUGAGCCUGGAGAUCGAGGUGAUCACGGGCCGAAUCAUCUGAUGUGGAUCGAGCCAGAGGCUAUCUCUCGCUGAGGUCGAAUUGCAAUUGGCCGGUGUUGGAAUAGGAACGUGGACCUCUUUUCUUCCAUUCACUCGCAUAAUCCUCGCAAGUUGUUUUGUGGGCCAGAGAAUUCGAUUCGAAGGGUCGAGUCAAGAGACAUUCGAUCACGUGGAACACAUUUUAUUCUCUCGUCCAUCAACUGCUUCCCCCACACUUCCUCCACUGCUCCGUCACCUCCAGUAAAAGACUCGUGAAAUGCUGGUAGCGUCGCGUCUCGGUGGACGGGCUGCGGUCUCAGGACGCGCUGGAGCUGUAGUCGUACAUUCUACUCGCGCUGCUAUUGCUCCGCUCCCCAAGGCGAAGAUUUCCGUGCGGACAUUGCAGUCGAUUGCGCAGACCGACCGGGACACGAUUACUCGUCUCCUCUACUCCAUCGGCACCAAACGCGAGGUCGAGCGCCAUCUGCGCAUCUUUUCCUCGUCGUCGCACCCCUCCCAACCCGCCAAAUUUGCGGUCAUCAAGAUUGGGGGCGCCGUUUUGGAUCAAAUAGACGAGCUCGCAUUAAGCUUGAGCUUCUUGUACAGAGUGGGAUUGUACCCAGUCGUACUGCACGGUGCGGGCCCGCAACUCAACCAAUUGAUUGAGCGGGAGGGUGUGGUCCCUGAUUAUAUUGACGGGAUUCGAGUUACUGACGCCAAGACGCUUCAAAUCGCCCGCCGGGUUUUCCUGGAGGAAAACCUAAAGCUCGUGACGGCGCUCGAGAAGCACGGCACGCGCGCUCGGCCCAUCACAUCCGGGGUGUUCACCGCCGACUACCUGGACAAGGACAAGUACGGACUAGUAGGGAAGAUCACGAAGAUUGACAAGCGACCGCUCGAGGCCUCGAUCCGAGCGGGCGCUUUGCCCAUUCUCACGUCCCUGGCGGAAUCUCCCGACGGCCAGAUCCUGAACGUCAACGCCGACAUCGCAGCAGGCGAACUCGCCAAAGAGCUCGAGCCGAUGAAGAUUGUCUUCUUGAACGAGAAGGGCGGGCUGUUCCACGGUGUGACAGGCGAGAAACUGUCCGUGAUCAACUUGGACGAAGAAUAUGAGAGUUUGAUGAAGGAGCCUUGGGUCAAGUUUGGCACGAAGCUCAAGCUGCGGGAGUUUAAGGAACUGCUGGACUACCUUCCCCGCACAUCGUCUGUUGCUGUUAUCUCAGCACCGAUGCUCCAAAAGGAGCUGUUCACGGACAGCGGCGCGGGAACCCUCAUUCGUCGUGGCUACAAGCUUUUCAAGCACGACUCGAUCGAGGGCCUCGGCGCAGACCGCUUCCGCCAAGUCAUCCACGACCGUGACCCCGAAGUUUUGAAUGGCUUCCAGAGCGUGGCCGGUGUACUGGCUGAGAUGAAAGACUCGGCAUACACCAUCUACGGCGACGAGCCGCUGGAUGUGGUCGCCGUCGUGUCCCAUCCCCCUGGCGAGACUCCAGUGCUGAAGAAACUUCUCCCGUCUCGUGCCGGUGUCCUGAACAAUGUGAUGGACAAUGUCUUCAACGCCAUCAAGAAGGAUCACCGUCGUCUGUUCUGGACUGCGCAGGCUGACGAUGACAACCGCGCUUGGCACUUUGAGCGGGCGGACGGCAGCUUCACCCGCGCAGGGAAGAGUCUGUUCUGGUAUGGCGUGCAAGAUGUGAACGAGGUCGAGCGCAUCAUCAAGGACUUCGAGCAGAAGGGCCGGAUCGAACGGUCCUAUCUUCCUGUGGGACCGUCCGCGCCACCGCACAAAGCGUCUGCUCCCUCUGGCAAGCGGUCGUUCUCGACCAGCGCUCGGCGCAUGGCGGAGCCGGCUACCGGGCCGGUGUCCACUGAGGUCAAGCGACUUGGGCUGAUUGGCGCUCGAGGGUACACUGGCCAGGCGCUGACUACACUGCUCGCCAACCAUCCGCAUCUGGAACUCUCUCACGUGUCCUCGCGGCAGCUUGCGGGGAUGCCGCUCGAGGGAUAUUCGAAAGCGCAGGUGACGUACUCGAAUCUGUCGGUCGAAGAUGUAGAGAGGAUGGAGAAGGAUGGGGAAGUCGAUGCGUGGGUGAUGGCCCUUCCGAAUGGAGUUUGCAAGCCCUUCGUCGAUGCCAUCGACCGUGGGGCCGAGGGCAAGACCAAGGAGAAGAGCAGCGUUGUGGUGGAUCUGAGUGCGGAUUAUCGAUUCGAGGAGGGCUGGACGUAUGGCCUGCCUGAAUUGUAUGGCCGUUCUCAAAUCCGGACAUCUAAACGUAUUUCCAACCCUGGUUGUUACGCAACUUCGACGCAAAUGCUGCUCGGUCCGCUGGUCGACAAACUUGCUGCAGUCCCCAGCGUGUUUGGAAUGUCAGGUUACAGCGGUGCUGGGACCGUGAUGGCCACUAACCCCGACGGCCAACCAACUAGCGCCCCAAAAGUGUCACCAGAGAGUCUCGGCGGGGGCGUCCGACCGUACUCUCUGACCGGGCACAUCCACGAGCGUGAAGCUGGCCACCACCUGUCCCGGCUGGGCACCGCCGGAAUCAAGGUCGCUUUCGUGCCCUCCGUGUCGCCAUGGUUCAGCGGAAUCAUCUCCACUGCUUCUAUUCCACUGAAUGGCUCUUACUCUGCCAAAGAGAUUGCAGCUUUGUUCGCCGAAAAGUACGAAGGGGAACGCUUAGUCAGGCUUAUGUCAGGAGUGCCAGAGCUCAAGGAUAUCGAGGGGAAGCACACCUGGAGCGUUGGAGGGUUCCAGAUGUCCCGAGAGGGAGACCGCGUCGUCAUCGUCGGUGGAUUGGACAACCUGUUGAAGGGUGCUGCCACACAAUGUCUACAAAAUCUCAACCUAGCCCUUGGAUAUGACGAGUUUGCUGGCAUUCCAACUGCGUAGAAUGUGAUGGGAGGGGACUAGACGAGAUCUUGAUCUAAAAGUACAAUUUUGCUCUUCCUUAGAGUGAUCUCCAAUGUGUUUAAUCUGUUGAUGUUUCCGCCAUAUUUCCCUUGUAUCGCUCUACUCUUAUGGAUCUGAUAAAUCGUGGAUAAGUUUGUCAGAAGAAAUAUUGGGGGAGCCCUGAAUCGAGAGGUUUCGGCCGCACUACGUCCGCACGCCUGGAAAGGAAGGUCUUCACAACAGUUCCAUCGUCAAAAUUGCGUCAUGAAUUUGAUGUAUGUACAAC